AUGGCUCCCAUUGGCGUGGCCAUCAUAGGCAGCGGCAUCUUUGUCAAGGAGGAGCAUCUCCCUGCUGUGUUCAAGUGCGCCGAUCUAUCUCUCAAAGCAAUCUUCUCGCGAUCCCUGAGUUCAGCUCAGAAGACGGCGGAACUGGUCCCUGAGGGCCAGCCCAAGCCCCAACUGUAUGCGGCUGACGCUGGCUCUGGCAGGGAGUACCAGGAUCUCCUCAGCCAGCAGGAUAUCCAGGCGGUCAUCAUUGCACUUCCCAUCCUGACCCAGCCCGAGUAUAUCAAGGCCGCACUAGCAGCGGGGAAGCACGUACUGGCGGAGAAGCCAAUAGCGGCCGAUGUUGCUGGUGCUCGGGACCUCAUCGACUACUACACCAAGGUGGCACCGGAGAAGAACGUGACCCUUUCCAUCGCUGAGAAUGUGCGGUUCAAGCCCGCCUUGUCCUACGCCAACGAGCAGGCCCGCCAGCUGGGUCGAGCAACCCACUUCAGCAUCAGGGUCUUCUCUCACAUGAAGACCGACAGCAUGUGGUACAACACUGAGUGGCGCAAGACCCCCGGAUACCAGGGCGGCUUCCUCCUGGACGGGGGCGUGCACCACGCGGCCUCGUCGCGGCUCUUCCUGCCUGGGGACGCCAACAGACCAGACUCGGUGCGGGCCUUCACCGACCUGGUGCAGAGCCACCUCCCCCCCAUCGACACGGUGAAUGCCCUUAUACAGACAAAGUCCGGGGCAAGUGGCACCUUCCAGCAGUCGGCGGGGACGCACCUCUCGGCGUAUGAGUGGCGGUUUGCUUAUGAGAAGGGCACUGUCGAACUGGUUGGUGACACAGUCAUUGUGACACCUGUCAACGGGGAAAAGAUUACGAAGGAGUUCGCGCGCACCAGCGGUGUGUCCGAGGAGGUUGCGGCGUGGGCGCAGAGUCUCAUUGAGGGGAAGCAGAACCCGUUGCAGUCGCCUGAGGAGGCUCUUGCGGAUCUUGAAUUCAUGGAGAAUAUGUUCCGUAGCGGGGAGGAGAAGGGGUCAGAGAAGGUGUACAAGUUUCAGUAA